AUGUCGGGUGAGAAGAUGGGCUGCCAAAGAUGCAAGCGGAGGGAUGAGCUCGACUACUGCAAUCUGGAUGACCGGGAGAAGCAUUUCCUGAUGUUUAUGGUGGAUGGCUGUGGUCGUGAGAUGACCAUCCCAGAUGAUUUUCUGAAACGAUUCAGGGGUGAGAUCCCAAAAGAGAUCAAGCUAGAAACACGAAAUGGUCAUAUUUACACUGUUGGAGUUGCCAAGUAUCCAGAUAAACUAGUCCUUAGAGCAGGAUGGGAGACCUUCGUCGAAACCUAUGAUCUACGGAUCGACGACUCUGUGGUAUUUCGAUACAAUGGAAAUUCGCAGUUCAAUGUCAUAGUGUUUGAUCAAUUUGGCCGUGAGAAAGCAUCGUCCGUUGUUGUAGACAGUGCUCCUCUGUAUCCUUAUGUGCAGGAAAGGCAAAGAGGUGCUCCUGAAACUCAUGGUCAUUCUCAGCCCCAUGAAAUGCAAUCUCCUACUGAAAAUAUGAAUAUUUCUCAAGGGCAUCCUCAGCUCAUGCGUGUGCAGCCGCAUACUGAUAACAUGAGCCGUUCUCAAGGGCAUGCUCAUCAUGUGCAAAUGCAACUGCCUAUUGACAAUAUGAGACGUUCUGAAGGGCAUCCUCAGCCCAUACAAAUGCAACCGCCUAGUGCAAAUGUGGACCAUUUUGUUGAUGAUAGUCAGCACAUGCAAAUGCAGCCACCUAGUGCAAAUGUGGACCAUUUUGUUGAUCAUAGUCAGCACAUGCAAAUGCAGCCACCUACUGAGACUCUGAAUCGUUCUAAUUGCCAUCCUCAGUCCCGGCAAAUGCAGCUGACAUGUGCUGAGAGACAGUCAAAUCUUCAGAGGAAUAAAUUAAAUCAGGGCAACAAGAGCGUGGCGAGUUCUUCAGGUGGUUCUUUGUGCUCAGAAGAUGGUACUAAUUUAUGUGAUACAUCUAGAUACACGCUUGGGUGGAACACCCGUCUAGAUCCAGUGCAGAAGGAGAAAGUUGACCAGGAGAUCCAACAUAUCUCAUCUGACAAUCCAAUCUUUGUGGCCAUGAUGAGCAAGUGCAAUGUUACAGGAACUUUCACCCUAAGUGUGCCCAAAGAAUAUGUCAAGCGACAUGUGGGAGAUACGGAGCGCAACAUAUGUCUUCAGCGCCUUGGCAAGGGGUGGGAAGUGCAGUUUGGUGGUAGGCCUGAAGAGAAAAGGAUUAUAUCUGGCUGGCGGAGGUUUGUAAAGGACAAUGAUGUUGAGAUGGGUGAUAUCUGCAUUUUUGAAUUGUUGAAGAAAUGUAAGAUGUGCACGAUGGAAGUCCAUAUCAUCCAUACAAAGGAUAUUGAUACGCCUUCCAAAAUUUGUCAGCAAAGGCACAGAGAGGUUGUUAAAAUUAUGGAACAUUCUCAUUCUCUCCCCCAGCUUAAGGAAAUGCAACUGCAUAAUGAAACAGUGGAAGAUACUAUCGUUCAUCCCGAGCCUGUGCAAAUACAACUACCUUCGUUGGAAAGACGGAUACAACUUCAAAGGGACAAGUCUAGUCAGGGCAGCAAGAGAGAUUCCUUGUCAUCGGAAGAUAUUGAUCAUGAAGAAGGUGCUUUGUCUGAUUGCAUCCUUGCACGUUUUACGCGCCUUACUACAGAUCAGAAGAAGGCAGUGAAAGAGAAGGUUCAAUUUAUUGAUUCUGAAACUCCCAUCUUUGUUGCCAUGAUGCAACAAACCAAUGUUACUGGAAGAUACACUCUAAGCAUCUCUAAGAAAUAUAUCAACAAGUAUUUGGGAGAUGAGGUGCAGAGCAUCUGUCUUGAGCGACUUGGCGAGAGGUGUCAAGUGUGGUUUGGACGCAAGCCUCAGGAUAAAAGGAUUGUAGGCGGAUGGACAAAGUUUGUGAAAGCCAAUGAGGUGGAGGUGGGUGAUAUCUGCCUCUUCGAGCUGCUGAAGCAUCGGAAAUUGUGCGCCAUGAAAGUUCAUAUCAUCCGCGCGAAGGACUUCAGUUGA